AUGGUCGACUGCCCAAAGUGCGCGAACGGCUGCAAGUGCGGCGAUCACUGCGAGUGCGAGGCUGGAUGUACCUGCUGCGGCAAAUGCGAGAAGUCGUGUAAGGGCGAGUGCACCUGCACCAAGGGCGAGUGCGAGUGCAAGGACUGCUCGUGCUGCAAGGCCUGA